GCCGGCGCGCUGCUGGAGCUGGCCCACCCAGUGGCUCCUUCCGCGUGGCUGAGCCCGGUGUGCCUGCCCGAGGGCCCCCAGGAGCCUGGCCCAGGGACGCCCUGCUACAUCGCCGGCUGGGGCUCCCUCUACCAAGAGGGGCCGUCGGCCGAGGUGGUGAGGGAGGCGCGAGUGCCCCUGCUGAGCCAGGAUGCCUGCCACAGAGCCCUGGGCAAGGACCUGCUCACCAACGCCAUGUUCUGUGCUGGUUACUUGGCUGGUGGCAUCGAUUCCUGCCAGGGAGAUUCCGGCGGGCCCCUGACGUGCCGGGAGCCCGGCUCGCUGCAGUCCGUGCUGUACGGCAUCACGUCCUGGGGGGACGGCUGCGGGGAGCAGGGCAAGCCAGGCGUGUACACCCGCGUGACGGCCUUCGCCGACUGGAUCCGCCACCAGAUGGACCGAUCGCCCGCCAGCCGAGAGCCCACCUGCCUUGAGCUGCUGGCCGCGUCCCAGCUGCCCGGCGAGCGCCAGCGGGCAGAGCUCGCCAGCCUGUGCUCCUUCUACGGCCAGUCGUGCGCCCCGCCCCUGGGCCAGGCUGCCUGCGCCCGCGUCGCCGAGGAGACCUGCAGGGUGGAGAGGCAGAGAUGCGAGCUGCGCUCCUACGCCCAGACGCUGCUGGAUUUCCUGCGCCGCGCCGAGGACUUCUUCCGAAACCAGGUGGACUUCACCUUCUUCACCCACACCCUGCCCCGCUUCAUGGAGCAGCUCUACGGGCACCUCUUCCCCGCCCGGGCACGCCGGGCCACAGCAGGGCAGGCAGGCGAGGGGCAAGCGAGCCCUGAGGAGCUGCAAAGCAGAGGGCUCCUGAGCGCCCCCAGCAGGGCCCCGUCCCCACCCUUCACGGGGCUGUUCCAGGCCGUGGGCCCCACGCUGGAGGACUGGGUGCAGGAGCUGAGCGCCGUGGCUGGGGGGGACAUGGCCCCCCCAGCUCCUGCACUGACUGCUGGCCAGCUCCAGGGGGGGGAGCAGCACUUCCUGCAGGUAAGGGGGCUCUGA